AACUUCGCCGUACGAACUGUAAAACGCAGUUAAAAUUGGGAAGAGCCGGAAUUGGUAGCGAAACCUACACGAGUUGUUGUUGCGGAGGAGGGAGCACCGAAUUUGGGUAGAGAGUGUGAGAGAUAGGGAAUCCCCAACCCAAUCGCCACCUUCCUUCCACCUUGGGGUUUCGAUUCCUCCCACGCGAAUCCAUGGCGACGGCGAACUCGAAUCAGCGGCAGAGACAGUCGGCGGCGGUGGCGAAGCGGAAGCCGGUGUUCGUGAAAGUCGACCACCUGAAGCCAGGGACUCAAAACCACAACCUGAUCGUGAAAGUCUUGUCCUUCAACGCCGUCCUAGAGAAGGGCCCCCGGCCAGCGGCGGCGGCAGCAGCGUCUCAGCGCCCCCAAAAAACACGCAUCGCCGAGUGCCUCGUCGGCGACGAGACCGGGACUAUCCUCCUCAAAGCUCGCAAUGAGCAAGUUGACUUGGUGAAGCCUGAAACCACUAUCAUAAUCCGAAACUCAAAGAUCGACAUGUUCAAAGGUUCCAUGAGGCUAGCUGUUGACAAGUGGGGUCGCAUUGAAGUCACUGAACCUGCUAAUUUCGUGGUAAAAGAUGAUAACAAUAUGUCGCUGGUGGAGUAUGAGCUGGUGACGGUUGCUGCAGAUGAGUAGAGCUGAUGUUUUUCAAGGGGUGGUGCUUGUUAGGGAUGGAGUUUUUUUAAUGGUUUUUCUGGUUUUUUUUUUGCUUAAGUGGAGAUAUGUAAGUCUUUAGAGGCCUGAUCAAAGUUUUCUGGUUUUGUUCCAUUGUGUUGUGGGAUGUUAAUGCUAUGACUCUUUACUGGGUUUGGUAUAUGGAACCUCCCUGAAAUUGGUUCAGUCUCUGGUAUUUUAAGCUUGCCUUGGAGUAACAUUUGUUGUUAGAAUUGUUAAUAGUAGAAUCCUCUAUUGUUUAGUUGAUAUCCUGGCUUUAUAUGGUUGAAGUAUCCAUAUAACUCUUUGUGGCCUUUCGUAGCCUUCUUAUUGCGUUCCGUACAAGCAGUACUUGUAAUUGAAUCUUCAAUUGGCAUGUUAUAACUAGGAUUGGGAUCCAGCAGGAAUCUAUGUACACUGUGUCGUUGUGACCAAAUCGGAAUUGAGUAGCAUCUUGGCACGGUGUCGACCCAUAUAGUUAAGGCAGAUCGAUGAGGGUAAGAACCAAGGAAGACUGUUCAGCUAAGAGCAAGAGGAAGAGACCAGCAUCGUCGGACAUAGGCAUGAGAAACUGCACAGAGGACAGUGAUAUGAACAGCAUGCUUCCAAUUUCCAGUUUUGCUGGAACUUGGGAGGCAUAUAUGCAAAUGACAUGGGCACAUAGCUAGCUCCCAGCAGAGGCUAUAAUUGAUUCUUCCUAGAUCGAUGCAACUCGAUAAAUAAUGCCUCGACGUGAGGCUGAGUACAUU